CGCGGCCGCGUUUGAAUGGCCGGGAGUGGGGCUGGGCGGCGGAUCCCGGGGACGCGCGAGGCGGCCGCCGGGUGUCUUUCGUCAGCGCCAGCGCUGGGCUGCGGCGCCGCGGUACCAUGAGGCGCCGGUAUUUAAGAGAUUAUGGCAUCUGAAACCCACAAUGUUAAAAAACGAAACUUUUGUUAUGAUAUUGAGGAUCAUUCCAUUGAUCUUCCUAGAAAAAGGAUCUCUAAUUUCACUAGUAAGAACAUGAAGGAGGUUAAGAAAUCUCCAAAACAGUUGGCUGCUUACAUAAAUAGAACAGUUGGACAAGCUGUGAAAAGUCCGGAUAAACUACUUAAGGUGAUCUAUCGCAGGAAGAAAAUUCAUCAUCCUUUUCCACAUCCUUGUGACAGGAAAAAACAGUCCCCCAAAAGUGGGGACUGUGACAUGGCAAAUAAAGAAAAUGAACUGGCUUGUGCAGGCCACCUGCCUGAAAAAUUACGCCCCGAUUGUCGAACAUAUUUGGUUAAUGCCAGUGAUUCUGGUUCUUCACAGACAGAAAACCCAUCAUCGAAAUAUAGUACUUUUUUUUCUGAGGUUUCUCAGGACCAUGAAACAAUGGCACAAGUUUUAUUCAGCAGGAAUCUGAGAUUGAAUGUAGCUUUAACUUUCUGGAGAAAGAGAAGUAUAAGUGAACUAGUAGCUUAUUUGGUGAGGAUAGAAGACCUUGGUGUUGUGGUAGAUUGCCUUCCUGUGCUUACCAAUAGUUUACAGGAAGAAAAACAAUACAUCUCACUGGGCUGCUGUGUAGAUUUGUUGCCUCUAGUAAAGUCACUACUUAAAAGCAAAUUUGAAGAAUAUAUAAUAGUUGGUUUAAACUGGCUCCAGGCAGUUAUAAAAAGAUGGUGGUCAGAAUUAUCAUCAAAAACAGAAAUUAUAAAUGAUGGUAAUAUUCAGAUUUUAAAACAACAGUUAAGUGGAUUGUGGGAACAGGAAAACCAUCUCACUUUGGUUCCAGGAUAUACUGGUAAUAUAGCUAAGGAUGUAGAUGCUUAUUUAUUACAGUUGCAUUGAUAGACUUCUGCUAAGAGCAUUUCCUUACUCAGAACGUCCCUGGACCACAUGAUUUUCAAAAAAAAGUCUCAUCUGAGAACUGUGAACUGUUGAAGAAAUAAAACCAUUCUUUUCUUUAAGAAGCUACAUAAUGAAACCACUAACAAAACCCUAACAAUCUACUUCACAUUGAAGUGGAAAAGUAUCAGAAAGGAGCAGCUAAAGUUUCUGUGAGGUGAAAGUGCACUAUGAAGAUUGUUCACCUUGCUGCAUUUGGGAUUUCGAUGGCUAUUUGGUUACACUGUUGAAGAACUACUGGGUCUUAAUGCAAUCCUACUUAGGAGUAUAAUUUAUACUAUGUGAAAAAAAUAAGACAGGGCUUGCUACUAGGAACCACAAGACCAAUCAUCUUUUAAAGAAUGUGUUUUAUAAUUAAAAAAAAACUUAAACGUAUGCAGCUAUUUUCUGAUGUUGAAAAGACUUUGAAAGUUUAAAACAUCAUAACAAAUAAUACUAAAAGUUUUGUUCAAACUGAGAUACUGUGUGCAAAAUGCCUUAAUUAUUAAUAAGCCAAUGUGUGUGAUAUCAAUAUUUGUUUCAAAAGAGAAAAGAAAAACAGCUGUGCUUCUGGCAUGAUAAAAGCAUGGAAUUAAAUCAGGGGUUUCCAUUCAUGGAGAAUGUUGUUGAAACUAUUUCACGCCAUUUUAAAACUUGAGAAUAUUUUUAGUAUCUCUGAUUUUUUUUUUUGCCAGAAUCAUCAUGUCAUGUAUGUAUGUGCUACUCCUUUAUUAAAGAAAAUGGUGAUAUGUAUUUGUAUGAAUGUUUAACUGGAAAUAUCUGCAGAGUUGGCUAAUUUAUGUUACUGUUUAUUGUAUAUGUAUUUCUUAUAUUUUCAGUUCUGUAUCAUUUAAGUUUCUUUCAUUUGAGUAAAUUCACUAAAUAUUUCUAUGAUUUUUGGUUUUUAUUCUGAUUUUAUAUGGAUUCUAAUUCUUUUUCACUAAAUAUAUUUUUAAAAGAAUUCUAUAUUGUGCUUUAGAAAUGUUUACAGUUAGUACUGACCUUCUAUUUUAACUUCUACCACUUUUCUACCUCUUCCACUGGUUGGUAUGAAAUACCAGUAGACUGUAUGAGGUUUUUUGGUUUUUUUUAAUUUCUUUUAAUACCAUUUUUAAUGUUAGUGAACUUUGUUUAGAAUGUCUAAGAAGUUGUAUAUCUGACCUAUUUUGAAAGUGAUUUGGGUUUAAACAAUACUUCUGGUGAUUUGUACAUUUUCUUUUUAAUAUGUAUGAGAAGCAUAUGAGCAAAGAUUUUUAGUAAUCAAAUUUCGCUGUCGCGAUCCUCCAUUCUCUUGAAUGUAAAUCUUCAGUAUUUACUCAAUUGGCAACUACUGAUGUGAAGCCCAGGCAACCAUCUCUCCUGCUUUAAAAGUGUUAUCUUUCACUGAGUUUUAUUUUGUGUAAUUCUACACAGUGAACAUCAGUUACAGCCAUUAUUUCCUUAAGUCUUUUGAUGGGAAUAUUUUUAGGUAAUUGCACUUUCGUUGUUGAAGAUUGAGUUAUUUAAGAAGUUUUUAGGAGGUGGAAUUUAAGUCAUUAUCUGCAUACGUGUCUGUGAACUAUUAGGAAGAUGGAAUAUAGCCUUUUUUGAUUUCUAUUGCUUUAGUUACCAUUGUCCUAUCCAACAGUUUGAGCAAGGUUAACUCAUUUGGAGCAUGGUGCUAGUAAAGCUAAGGACAGGAGUUCCAUACUAUUCUAGAUUCUUUAACUUGAUAUAAAUACUCAAAAAUAUUCAUGACUACAGAUUGGACUUUUUUCUGAGGUACCCAUCUUACAAAUUCAGCUCUUAGUCACAGGGAAGAUAGGUAUGUAACAGCAUAAAUUCUUUGUUUAUCGCAGAUGGAAAACUGACUCAAAUAAUUGGUAUAUGUGAUACUAUACCUAAAAUAUUCUCACUAUAAAUUCCUCUCAGUCAGAUCAUUAAUAAACAGUUUCUUUUAAAAAUCAAACUUGAAUAAAGUAAAUCAGUAAAAAUUAAAAAUAUAAAUAAGAAAUAUAAAGUGUAAUGUAAAAAUAAAAAAGAUAUAAAGUAAAAAUACAAAUGUAGUAAGAAAAAUACUAUCCUGUUAAAAUUGAGCUCUUAUGUACACAUUUAUGUUUGUGGGAGAAGGGUAUGUAACAUUCCUUUUCAUAUGCUCAGAACUAUGUAAGUCAGCAGGCUUAGAGCCAUCAAGAAUUAUUCAGUAGCACCUACUCAUAAUUUCUCUUGUUGGUCUUCACAGUUUACCUGAAUAUCUACCUCUCAAUUACUGAAUUAUGAUUAAUGCUAGGUGAUUUUAAGAUUCUUGAAAAAAUAUAUUGGCUAAGUAAAUACUGUUAAGCAGAUCUAUUGCUAUUAGGCUCUUCUCAUACUAUUAAUUAGAACAGUGUUGAUUUCCAGACAGAACCUAAGACAGUGUUUACAAAGAAUGUUGGCUGUUAUAUUUACCUAGAUUCAGACAAUUGCUGUCCAUUGUUGUUUAUUUGUUGAUGUGCUGCUAAGCAGUACACAGAACUGAGGGACCAUCCAGGGUCUCUUCUUUACCUCUUCCUUUUUAUCUUUUAGGUUUUCUAUACUUGACUAUGGUAGCUUUCAAACUCUAGAAACAGGUUGUUCAUUGAGCUGAACCUUCUAUUAGGGAUAGAAGGAAUGGAUUUUUGUGGUGAGUGUUUAUGAUCAUCAUAGUAGUUAUAAGUUAGGAAGCAAGUUUUAUCAGUAUCUUUUUAAUACUACAUUUUGACAGUAAUUUCAAAGGUCAUGGACACAAAUUGUUUCUGUGAAACCUGAGAGAUGAGAAUUUGGGUAUAAAUAUCUUUAUCUACUUUAGGAAUCAUCAGCACUGAACUGUAAGGACUUCUGGAAAAUUACAUCUUAAUGCCCCUAAACAUAGUACAUACCAUGUCCUAAUCUUAAAAAUAGCAUAUGGGUUUCAGAAUUAUAUUUCUAGCCUUUGGAAAUAACACUUAGAACAUUUCUACUUUUGGCAAGUUGUUAUAAUUAACAUUAGUGGAAAUUUAUUUGAGUAAAAAUUAUUAAAUUUUGACAAGAUGGUAAUGUCAGUUGCCUUUAUGGAUUUAAAGGGAAAAAAUAUGCCUGGAAGAUAGUUUAUACAUGUCAUGCUCUGUGCUGUGGGUUUAAUUCCCAGUCUUUCAUGGUUUUCCAAGCACAAUUGGGAGUAGCCUCCCAGCAUUGCUUGGGAACCCCCACAACCCUCAGAAGUAGAAUCAUAGCAUUCUAACCUAACUGCAGUGAUCCACUGGAUGGUGUUUUAUUUUUCAAUUGGCUUUUAGAUGGAGGAAUAUUACUGGGUCUUUGUUGAUAGGUAUUUUAGUUUUGAUUUUGUGGUGCUAAGGAUCAAACCCAGGACCUGCCACUUGCAAGAUAUUCUCUCUACUGCUGACCCGAAGCACCAACCCCUAUGUUUUUAAUUUAAUUGCUUUUAAUUUGCAAUAUAGUUUGAUUAAUUUAGUAAUAGCACCAAGUAUAAAAAUGAAAAUAGUGUGUAUCAAUAUACAGAAUAUUGAGUGUUUGUUUUCACAUGGGAUAUGUGUGGAGCCACGGAUUCAGCUCCCUAAUAUACUUACUUGAACUAGUAUUAAUUUUUUAUGCCUUAUGGUAUUCUGUAUUUCUAGUCAGAUUAAAGUAGGGUAUUGUUUUUCUUCACCAUUCUGAACCUGGCCAAACCCAUUUGGACAUUAUGGGUUCAUACCAAAGCUAAGAAGAGUCAAUCCAAAAUAUUUUCUAGGGUAAGAGAAUUGUCCCAGGAGUCAUGAAAUGACACUGAAUUGCCAGAAUUCCUUACUCCUGGAAUUAGUUCUGUUUCAUUUAUCAGCCAUACCUGCACAUGGAGCUUGGAUUGGCAUAAGACCUCACCUUCCAGGGCAGGAGUGCAGUUAGCAUCUGUUUAGCUACCCACCCCAUACCCUUUUUUAAGAAAGAAAGAAAGAAAACUUCGAAGCCUCUGUAUGAAAUUAGUUGAAUAGGUGAAUGAGGGACUACCUGUCUCUCACUUGCCUCACAGUUUACCUGCCAUUUCCAGUCUAUACAAGUGCAGCUUAAUCUCAACAAUGGCAAAAGCAAUAAAGACUUUCCUUUUAGGUUUUAAAGUUUCCAGAAGGUUCAGAAGAGGAUUACCUUUCCUCCUUGGUUGUUUAAAUUCCUUUUACCUUAGAUUUUAUUUUGUUUUGGGGCCACACCUGGCAAUGCUCAGGAGUUAUUCCUGGCUCUGAAAUCAGGAGUUACUCCUGGCAGUGCUCAGGGGACCAUAAGGGGUGCAUGGAUUGAACUGGGUCUUUUACAUGCAAAGUAAAUAACCUACUCAUUGUACAAUCGCUCUGACCCCACCUUAGGUUAUUUUAAAAGUAAGUUAAGGGGGCUGCAUUAAGGUAGCUUCAUGUGCUCCGGUUGCAUGCUUUGUGAGCAGGAGCCCCAAGUUCUAUCCCUGGUACCUCAUGGUCCCCUGAGCACCAUUUGGAGAGACCACUAGUGGGGGUGAUCCCAAAAUAAAACCAAGGAAGAAACCAACAUUUAGUCUCUUCUGUCGAAGUUUCCUCUGUUCCAUAGAAAUUGGUGCUCUUUAAGAUCUUUUUAUUUAAUUUUUUAAUUUUAUAAGUUAGUUCACAAUAUUUGAUUACAUUUAAUAUUCAAACACCAAUCCCACCACCAUUACACCUCCCUACCACCAAAUUCAGGGUGUUUCUAUCCCACUUUUUAAGAUUCUUAAGGUUUAUGUACUUUUCCUUGAAAAAUUUUUAUUUAUUCUCAUGGCUUCCUUUACCAUUUCCUUGAAUUGUUCUGGUUUUUAGAGCAGAAUUGAUAUCAUUUUUAUGGUUAAUCAAAUGAAGGUAGAUUUUUUUAGUUUGAGAAUAUAUUGAACUGUAUAUUCAUCAUUCUUAAACAUAUAUCUUGCCUUAGCCCUGAUUCUUUCCUGAUAAAAUUAUGUAUCCAGUUGCUUUCUAGAGUCAUCCAUUGGAAGAUCUAUAGACAUUUUAAUUAGUGUAUCCAGAAUUGACUUCAUUUUCUACUUCCUCUCUUUCCCACCAACCCGGUGCCAUCCUCUUCAGCUUCCGUCAUCCCCUCCCCACCAACACACACACACACACACUUGGAUGAAGUCUGCUCUGACUAAAUUCUAGGUUUCAAUGCUCAUUGAAAACCCUACUGUAAAAAGUUACAAACCACAAACUUAAUGAAUCAUGUCCAAGUCACUCAUCAAAUCCUGCUGAUGCAACCUCUGAAGAUUCUCAUCUUUCCGCCUCCCUUCAGCUCUUCCUGUCAUUACCUUAGUCUAUGUUAUUCCAGCAGCCCCCUGACUUAUCUCUGCCUCCCAACAACCUUUGCUCCACAUCUGCAGACCUCAACUACUUUGUUAAGUAUAACUCUUACUGUGUCACAAUCCCAGAGGCCCUCUUUGAAGUGGUCUAAACAGUGUGUUUGACACUAUCAACAUAGCUUCUGCUGUUCCCUUUUAGUCAUCCAGCCAGAAUGAAUUUGCUUCACUUCCUGAAGAAUAUUACACUUUCUCUGCAGAUCCUCUACUCAUUCACACCCCGCCUUCCAUGCUCACCCAUUAAUUUCUUAGACUUCAAGUCACAGCUGGAACAGUUCCCUUGAGAAGUCUCUGAAGCCUCCAGGUCUCUACACAUACUUGACUCUCAAACUUGUUCUUAACAUUGCUUAUCAGUGUUCUGUAAUUACUUAUUAUCUGUCUUCCAGGCUAGACGGAUAGCUUCACAAGGCCAUAUCCCCAUACCUGGCACAAGGCCUAGCAAGGAGACAUUUAAUACUAACGAAUAGGUCCAACAGUGUGGCAUCUCUGGGUAUACAAUAGCAUUACCUUCUCCUGCCAUUCCCAAUCUUUGGUUUCACUCUCCAUGGUUACGCCCAGGCAAUCCAGACCUAAAGACACCAGGUGUAAGUAACUUUAUAUUUAAUAAAAUAACUAUGUUUAAUGGUGGACCUCCCUUCUUUUGUACAAUGACCCAGGGUUGUGGUGACACUUGACUGCAGUGCUUGUGCGCUUGUUGUGGUUGUCUCUGGUCACAGUGUUGCUGGGCUCACGCUGUGCAGGUGGAGCCCUGCAGGGGAGCAGAGUCUAGGCCUCAAGCCUGCAAGGUAGCUCUUUCCCACUGAGCCAUUUAUAUACUUUUCCAUUUUUUGUUGCUGUUGUUGGACCAUCAGGCCAAGCACAAGGCCACAUGCUGGGGUGCCAUGUGGUAGCAAAUACUUAAAAUAAGACCUUAUAGCACAAGGCAGUGCCACUUGAACCCCACAUCACUUUUAUUAGUUUAUUACACUAGUAUUUAUAAUCAUGUUAUAAUUGGGUUCAUAUUAAGUUGAGUUUAUAAUUAUAUUGUUAGUUAAUGUUAAUCUUAAUUAAAAUAUGCAUAUAUGGGGGAAACAUAGUAUGUAUAUGAGUUUCAGUAGCCACAGUUUUAGGCAUCCACUGGAGACCUUGGAACAAAUCCCUCAUGGAUAUGUAUGGAUUUAUACACUGUAUAAGACAGGGACUUCUUAGUAAAUUUAAAGCCAUUUGUAAUAGCAAAGGUGCUUAACAUGAGUCAUUCUGGAAUAAAUAAAAAUAUUCGUUUCUUCUCUCUUGUUUUAGGAAGUUGCCUUAUGAUGUACAUGUUAUAACAAAGCAAAACCUUAUCUAAAGUUGUUACAUUGCUUUUCCAUUACUUGGCCCCUGCAUUCAAUGAUUCCAUGCAUCUAUAAAGUAUAGAUUCAAGACUUUUUCUUGUAAUGUGCAAAGGUUACUGGGUGUUGAGGGUAUCUCGUUGAUGAUUUUGUGUUGCUCUUGCUUUUGUCUUCCGGUGAUUGAAAAGUCAUGUGGGAUAUAGUGAUUUUUCUGUAUAAUACCCUUGAAGUAGGGGCCAGGUAUAUGGGUUAGUGGUAAACCACUUAACUGGCAUAUGUGAAACCUUGAGUUUGAUUCCUAGCACUACCCAAAAUAUAAUUCCCUCAAACCAGAAAGAUAGCUCAAAAGGUUAAGCACUUGCCUUGCAUGGAGGAAGCCCAGGUUCAAUUCCCAGCACCACAUAAACCUCUGAGUACUACCUGGUGUGGCUCCCAAGUUUUAAAAAGUGAAUAAAUCACAAAUACUGUUCCUUCUGAAAAUAGAAGCAUAGGACUGAAAAUAGAAUAAAAAUAUUAAAUGGCAGUAAUCUCACCUAAAGAAACCAUUGUGUCUAUCCUUUCAGAUAUUCUUUAUGUGUGUGCACAUAUUUAGUGCAAAUGGAGUCAUUCUACAAUCCUUGAUGUAUUUCUCACUUCUUGUGCUUUUGGGGGAGAUCUGGUGUCACACCUGGCAGUGCUCAGGACUUACUCCUGGCUCAGUGCUCAGUGGUCACUCCUGGCAGUGCUCAGGAGACCAUUUGCAGUGCUGGGGAUAGAACUGGUAUUGGCCACAUGCAAGGCAAGUGCCUCACUCCCUCUCUAUUAUAGCUAUGACUUUAACAGUUUCUAAUUAUUUCUUUGAGAAAUUUGCAAGAUGCCAAAAAUAUAUUUGAGAAUUACUUUUUAAAGUAUCAGUAACACAGAAGCAUUCUGAUUGUUCUUUUAUUAUUGUUGUUGCUAAUCAUUAUCUAAUUUUUCAAAAGUUAGGAAGUGUCCCACUGGUCUUUGUUACUUUUUGCACCCAAGACAACGUAAAAUCUACUUAGCCUCCGCCUGCUGGUAGCCUGCUGGGUCUGCCCAGGAGUCCACCCUAACAAACUUCCCUUGUGUCUGCAAAAAAAAAAAAUUUUUUUUUAAAGUAUAUAAGAAAAUUUUAAUUCUGUAAUUUGAAAAGAAACAUUUGUUUAAAUGAUCCUAAGUAUUUGAGAACAGAAAUUCAGUUUGUAACUGUAACAUGUUUACUCUGGCUGUCUAACAUAACUUUCUUACUAUAAAAUGGGUUAAUCCUUAUCUAACUGAUAAAACUUUCAGAAAAUAUUUUUAAAUAUUGAGUUGAUUUUGAGCCAAGACUCAUUUUUUUAAAGACUCAGUCUUAUCCAAAUAAUAUAAUUCCUAAUAACCUGACUCUUGCAAGUAUAUUUCAGAGUCUAAUGAGAUGUCCCUAAAUGAAUAAAUUUUCUCUUCUGCCCAAAUAAUUUUUCUUUCGGUUCUGUGUUCUUAAUACUCAAGAUAGGGGUGGAGGAGUGGAAUAGUAGGAACAGAUAUUAGACAAAGCUAAAUGAUAGCCAUACGCUUAUAUACGUGUGUGAAUAUCACAUGCUUAGGACUUAACUAUUAUCCUAUGCAGUAAUCCUAAAGAUGAUUACUGACAUAUAUAGUUUUAUGGCAUUUCACAGAUUAUGGCUUGCUUUUUAAUUUUUUUUUUUUUAAUUUUGGGGGACACACCCAGCAGUGUUCAGGGCUCAUAUGGAAUACAGGGGAUCAAGCCCAGGCUGGGCACAUGCAAGGCAAGUGGCCUACCUGCUGUGCAUCGCUGCAGCCCCACUGGCUUGUUUAUUUUGUUCUUCAGACUUACUCCUGUCUCUACACUCGAGGUUCACUCUUGGUAGAGCUUAGGGGAUAAUAUCAGGUGCAGGGAUCAAACCCAGGUGGGUCGAAUGCAAGGCAGGCACCUUACUUACUGUGUGCACUCUCUCCUUCUCUGGCCACCAGAUUCUAAUAGAAAGUUCGUGGCAAGUGUUGAGCAAGUUUACUGAUGACUUUAUUUCUCUUUUUCCAUUAUUCCAACAAUUUGUGCUCACUUUGUGACUCCUUUUUGAUAGGUCUCCUAAUAUUUUAAUUUUUUUCAUUAUUACAUCUGUUAUGAUUAUAAGUGACCUCUGGUGCUUGUAAUUGUUUUGGAAUGCCACAACCCGUGCCUAUACAAGAUGGAAAACAUAAUAAUGUUGGGUCUUCUGACUGCUUCACUGACCAGUCAUUCCAGAGUCUCUUCAUCUGUCUCUCUGCAUACAUUUUCCUAUCAACUGAAACACAGUAGCAUUGAAAUAACCAUCUAGUGACCACUAAGCAUUCAAAUAAAGGAAGAAUGGCACUUUAAAAGCUAGAAAUUACUAACCUUAAUGAAGAAGGCAAGCCAAAAGCAAAGAUAGGCCAUAAACCAGGCCUUCUGUGCCAAAACAGCCAGGUUGUGAAUGCAAAAUAAAAAUGUCCUUCAAGAGGCUGAAGCAAUAGUGCAAUGGGUAGGGUAUUUGUCUUGCCCUUAGCUGACCCAGGUUCAAUCCCUGGCAUUCUGUAUGGUUCCCCAAGCACUGCCGGGAAUGACUACUGAGAAUUGCUGGAUGUGACCCAAAAACAACAAUAAAAAAGGCUUUCAAGAAAUUAAAGGUGUUGUUAAUGAUAUGAAAGCAAAACAGCAUUAUUGCUAAUACUGAGAAGGUUACAGCUGUCCUGUCACAAAAUUCACUUAAAGCCAAAGUUUAAUCCUUGCCAAGGUCCUACUCUAUUUUUGAAAGCUAAGAGAGGUGGAGAAGUCGAAGUUUGAAACUCGCAGAGGGUUGGUUCAUGAAGCAUAAGGAAAACUUCAUAUAAUGUUUCGUAACAUGUCAUCAUAUACUUAAUAUAUUCAUAACAUUAAGCCCAAGGUGAAGCAUCAAGUAAGUAAAACUGUAGAAGCCAAAGUAGAGAUACCCAGAAGAUCUUGCUCAGAUGAUUGAGGUGGCUAGAUUCAGAUUUAAUGUAGACUAAGAAGUAUGAGCUUGGAAGAAGAUUCCAACUAGGACUUUUAUAGGAAUCAGUUCCUUCAACUAUUCAAAGGACCUACUUUGUCUUUAUUGGGGUUAAUAUUUUAAGGUCUGAAGACAAUGUUCAUUAAUUAUCCUCCAGAUUAUGUGACCCUUAAGAAUUGUGCAAAGCGGGGCUGGAGUGAUAGUAAAGCGGGUAGAGCAUUUGCCUUGCACACGGCUGACCCGGGUUCGAUUCCCAGCAUCCCAUAUGGUCCCCCGAGCACCGCCAGAGUAAUUCCUGAGUGCAAUGCCAGGAUGAACCCCUGAGCAUCGCUGGGUGUGACCCAAAAAGAAAAUAAAAAGUGUAAAGCCCUUACUACAUUAGCCAGGAUAUAAAAGCAAUCCAAAUGUCCAAUAAUAAAUGAAUGAAUGGAGAAAGUUGAGGUAUCUGGGGCUGGAGAGACCGUAUAACAGGUAGAUCACUUGCCUUGAAUUCGGUCAACCCGAAUUUAAUCCCCAGCACUAUAUAUGGUCCCCUGAGCAGCACCAGCAGUAAUCUUCAAGCUCAGAGCCUGGAGGAAAACUUGAGCACAGCAAAGUGUGACCCCGAAACAAAUCCUCCAAGAUUGAUGUAUCUAUACACAAUGGAAUACUAUGCAGCCACAAGAAAAAGUAAAAGUCAUGCAGUUUGCAGCAACUUGCAUGAAUUGGAGAGUAUCAUGCUGGGUGAAAUAAGCCAGAGGCAAAAGGACAAAUACAGGAUGGUCUCACAAAAUACAGGAUGGUCUCACACUUCUGUGGUAUGGACAGUGUAAGUCAAUAAUGAACCUUGAACACUAGGCUACACUCCUGAGGGUUCCGGGGGUUGGGAGUUGAGGGAUGGAGCUAGGAAACAAUUUGGUUGAUUGGAAGCAACACAGGAACAUAGGUGGAGGGUUUGGAACACACUGGUGGUGUAGCACCAGAAAUGAAAAUGUCUCUCAAAUAAUGGAGGGCAUAAGGUGGUGGGGUUGGGGUGUGGGGCAGUUAGGAAGUCAAACCAGAGUUAAUAUAGAAACAGGAGUGAGGAUCAUGGGCACUUGGCAGUGGUAUGCAAUAACUUCGUGCAUCAAUACCAGAAACUAAUACAGUAUUUUUAAAUUGUGCUAAAUCUGUUCUGCCUGUAUUCCUGGAUGAGGCCAGGGAAGCAUUUUAUCUGUAAAGUAAAUGCCAUGAAUGAGACCUGAGUUUGACUCCUGGGAUAGCCACACACACAGACAAAUGCUUUGAAAUUUCUGAUAGUAACUAGAAAUUAUACUUUGCAACAUUAUUUCUCAAAAUUAUUUUCUAUUUCUUGCUAACUCAAGUAAUGAUGUAAGUUUGGAAUUCAAUAAAAACUGUAGUGAUUAUAAUUCA